CGCAGCAUCCAAACAAACUGUGCGGAGGUCUGCUGCUAAGCUAACGAAGCAGCAGCGCAGUUAGAAACAAAGAGAGAGUCGUUCAGUUUAAUUGAUCGAUCCGGGAGCAGAGAGAGAGAGAGAGUCAGUGUGAAGAGGAGGACAAACACAACGCAAACAUGCCGGAAACUGAGAGUUACUCCAACCCUCUGGCUCCUGAGGGACAUGAAGUGGACGACCACCGAGCUGCUGCUCAGUCCAAACUGACCAAUGAUGACUUCAGGAAGCUGCUGAUGACACCACGGGCGGCGCCCUCCUCAGCCCCGCCCUCAAAGUCCAGACAACAUGAAAUGCCGAGGGACUAUAACGAGGAUGAGGAUCCCGCAGCGAGGAGGAGGAAGAAGAAGAGCUACUAUGCUAAGCUACGUCAGCAGGAGAUGGAGCGAGAGAGAGAGCUUGCUGAGAAAUACAGAGACAGAGCGAGAGAGCGGCGAGACGGAGUCAACAAAGAUUACGAGGAGACCGAGCUGAUCAGCACCACGGCUAACUACAGAGCUGUAGGACCCACCGCUGAGGCGGAUAAGUCUGCAGCAGAGAAGCGUCGUCAGCUGAUCCAGGAGUCUAAGUUUUUGGGAGGUGACAUGGAGCACACUCACUUGGUGAAAGGUCUGGACUUCGCUCUGCUGCAGAAGGUGAGAGCUGAGAUCACCAGUAAAGAGAAAGAAGAAGAAGACAUGAUGGAGAAAGUCCAGAAAGAAGCAAAGAAAGACGUGGAGCCGGAGGAGAAGAUUGAGUUUAAGACUCGUAUGGGAAGGAACAUCUACCGGGUGGUGUUCAGGACCGGGGUGGUGGAGAGGAACGAGCUCUUCCUGCCCGGCAGGAUGGCGUACGUGGUCGACCUGGAUGACGAGUUCACCGACACUGACAUCCCCACGACUCUGAUCCGCAGCAAGGCCGACUGUCCCAGCAUGGAGGCUCAGACGACUCUCACCACUAAUGACAUCGUCAUCUCGAAGUUGACUCAGAUCCUGUCGUACCUACGUCAGGGAACACGACACAAGAAGAUCAAGAAGAAGGACAAAGGUAAACUGGAUGAGAAGCGUGCUCCAGAGGCUGAUCUCAGCAUCUUUGACGACAUCGGGGACUACAUCCUUUCUGCCAGCUCGUCCUCCAAACCCGCCAAGGACAAAGAGCGCCACCGAGAGAGAGACAGGGAGAGAGAGAGAGAGAGAGACAGGGAGGAGGAAAGCAAGAGCCGGAGACACAACUACUUUGAGAAACCCAGAGUAGACGAACACCAGGUCAUGGAGGUGGAUACAGGUCCGGGCUCGGUGAGAGAUCAGAUUAAAAUUAUCAAUGAGAAGUUCGCAGGAGCAGCAGGCAGCCAGUGGCAAAGCCAGGAACCAUAUCCUUCAAGGAGAGACGGUAAAGAGCAGCUCGGAGAUUUCUUUGGAGGAUCGAACUCAUACGCAGAGUGUUAUCCUGCUACGAUGGACGACCUGGCUGUGGACAGCGAUGAGGAGGUGGACUACAGCAAGAUGGACCAGGGCAACAAGAAGGGUCCGUUGGGUCGCUGGGACUUUGACACUCAGGAGGAAUAUUCAGACUACAUGAACAACAAGGAGGCUUUGCCAAAGGCUGCAUUCCAGUACGGCAUCAAGAUGUCUGAGGGUAGAAAGACAAGACGUUUCAAAGAGACCAAUGAGAAGGCCGAACUGGACCGCCAGUGGAAGAAGAUCAGUGCGAUCAUUGAGAAGAGGAAGAAGAUGGAAGCUGACGGGGUGGAUGUGAAGAGGCCAAAAUAUUGAAUUCUUCAUCGUCGUCUUCGGUCUGCUCAUCAGAGGAAAUAUCAGUGAUAAUGAUAAUUAAUCUGUUAUAAACAUGUAACGACCUGUCGUUAACAUGUAACGAUCUUAACAUGUAAUGAUCAGUGGUGUUUGUUAAGGACUGUGACAGUAAACAGUUAACCUGAUGUCUGUUCAGUGAAAGUCAGAGAUGUAAUCAGUGAUCUUAUUGAAUAGUAGUGAUGCAUUAGAUUAAAGUUUCUGUUGAUUUGAAUCAUAAAUAAAAAAUAAAGACAUUGAUAAACGUC